UUGUCUAAUUUGCUAGCCCUAAAAAUUGAACAUAACACCAGCCGCCAACUACUCCUUGCCCGCACUGCCAACGACCACCGGUGAUAGCACCGCGCCGCGCAGACCGCCGACCGCCGGAUGCUGCUUGCCUGGCCGACCGCAGCUGCCUCCUCCGCCGGGCGCUGCUCGUCGUUGCCUUCUUCGCCGAGCGCAGCUGCUCCGUCGUGCCCAUCACCUGCUCUGCCAAACGCCUGCCGUCGUCGCUUACCUACCGCAGUCGUCUUCUUCUUCCUUGCAUUGACGCCGGCUCGCCUCGUCGACCCCUUCUCCGCCGAACGCAGCAGCUGCCUGGCUUGGAGAUUUUGCCUGAAUUUUGCUGAUGUUCUUGAGCUUUGGUCCUUUACUCUUGAUGAAUUUGUUCAAGGUUUCCAUGACUAUGUUCGGGGCUCAAUUCCCCUCUUGUGGGAGCAAAUUGUUGACUUGAGCUAUAAACCUCAGCUUAAUAUUAUUUAUCAUGAAGAAACACAAGGUGAUGAGGGUAAACUAAGUGCAGCUUAUGCUGCGGAAAUGCAAAAGCUACCGAAUGUGAGAUAUGCUUCGUUUGAUUUUCAUCACAUAUGUGGGAGCUCAAGCUUUGAGAACAUAGAGCUUUUGUAUGAUCAAAUCUCAGAGGAUUUUGAGAAGCAAGGAUUUUUCAUGGUAGACAAAGAAGGGAAGAUACUUGCAGAACAAAAAGGAAUAAUUAGAUCGGACAAAUGUAACACAGUGUUAUUUGGCCCAGAAAUCUUUGAAUUCUCAGCUGCAGAGACUUGGAGCUAUUACUUCCAGUGAGUGCAUCUCUACAUUUAGUGAAGAUUUAGGAAUAUAUAAAGCUUGUAUGGACACUAAUUUGUCACAAUUUGUUCAUUGUUGAAGUAAUUUAUAUUAUUGUAUUCAAGUGUGAUUUAAAGUAUUAUGUAAUAAUUAGUAUAAAGUUUGAUAAUAGUAUAGUUCAAUUUUAUAUUGAUAUAAAGUUUGAUGGUAA